CAAGGAUGUAGACUGUGUGUGUAUUUGAAUACUGUCGAUAUGACCGCCAGCCUUUUCCUCUCUCAACAUGCCUGCAGCGAUGCACCUCACUGUGCUGUUGUGCCUGUUUGCAGUCACAGUCUGUAAAGACACCACCACUUCCUCUGCAGUCAAACAGGUAACAGAGAUUACCACAAGUGCUGCACACCACACCAGUUUGACAGUCACUACCAAAGAUAAAGUCAGUCCGGCUGUGACUACACAAGAUGAAGUCAGUACAACUUUGACUACGCAAGAUGAAGUCAGUACAACUUUGACUACGCAAGAUGAAGUCAGUACAACUUUGACUACACAAGAUGAAGUCAGUACAACUUUGACUACGCAAGAUAAAGUCAGUCUAUCCAGUGUGACAACUACCAACAACACACAACAGCCUCCGACAACAACACACCAGACACACAACACUCCUCAGACUCCAACGACCAACCAGACAUCCAACACGACAGUUUCCCACGGACCGACACUCCCGCCAACGUCAGACUCACCGAACGUCACGGCAACAACCUCUGUAAACACAACCAGCUCAGGUCUCUUACAUGAGUGGGGAAAACAUGACUUGGAAGCAAACCCCGGCCUCGUGGCCAUCAUUUGCAUCUUUUGUAUCGUCUUAGUUCUUUUGCUGGUGAUUGCCGCCAUGAAAUGUAUCCAAUCACCGAGGUCCAACUUCGAGAGGCUUGAUGACAUGCCGAUGGGCAAAGUGAACGAGGAAUCUCCAUUCGCACACUACUCAAAAUAACAGAGAAGACUUCAUCAGACGUUGACGUCCAGGAGGAGCUCGGUCUACUGUACGAUUCUGAUGAUUCUGGAUAGAGAAAAAAAAAAAAACAGAAAUGUUGUCCACCCAAGAAAGAGACAAGUUUGAUGUUUUCCUCUCAGGCUCUUAUUUCUCUACAAAGCACUUUUGUCAAUGACUGGAGAAUACCUGCCUCACCUGUGACCCUUGACCUGCAAGUUUGGCUGCUUAUAAUUCUGCUGAUUGAAGCUGGAUCAACUGUUGCACUUAGUCUUCCUCCAUAGGUUCUUCUGAAUAGAGAAUCAGCAUGAAAGGUACAAAUAUAAAAUGAAUGUUUCCUCAAUUGGUGAUGCACGUCCUGGUGAGCAUUUGUAAUUCAGAAUUGCACUCUUGCAUGUAACAAGUGACAUUAUAAGAAUACAGCACAUAUAAAGUUUCCAUGAUGAUGUGGGGAUUUGUGUCGUCAACAUUGCAUAGGAAGUUAUAUUUUCAGGGUUGAAAGUGUACAUGAAAUUAAUAUUAUCUGCAUGUACAAUGCCUUUUUGGGCAGUUAUUAUAUAGAAACACAACUGUAAUUGGAAUUGACACGUAUUAUGUUAUUUAUUGCCACAUAUGAUGUAUAGAUAAUGUCUACCCUGGCCUGAGGCAUCCAGUACAAACAGUUUUCAGAUGUAGAAAUAAACUCAUUGGCUGAGAUACAUUUCAGCUUGAUAGAAAUGUCAUGACCAAGAAUUAUUAAGACUACCAACACCAAGGAAAGAUGAAGACACAAGAACCAGGAAGGUAACAUUUAAACACUAGCUAGAAAAUGCAAACUAGUGCAGGACUGUACUUCGUCAUGCUGAACCUGCAAAUUGAAAUAGUUUCGCUUUGUUGACUUAUCAGUAAAACCAGUGGUUCCCAGCUGGUCCAGCCACAGGGUCCAGAUUUCUUAGUCAUUAGUUCAAGGUCCACACAGUAUAAUACAUUCAGGGUCAUACUUGCGUUUGGCCAUGUCGUUGAGUUAGUCUGUUGUCCACUAAUCACUAACUCUACAACAGAAAAUGGCACUUCAAAAUAAAAGCUCUGUGCCUGAAAUUUACUGUACUUCAAAAUAAAGUGUGUUUUUUACAAACUUGGGAGUCACUUGUGGUCCAGUCAGAAUGGACCUGCGACCAACCAGUUGGAAGUCACUGAGUUAAACCGUAACUCUGGUCAAUAUGAGUAUUUCGGCUUGUAACAAACAAUGACACACGUCUGCAGACACAUGACAGACAGAUGUCAGACAAUAUAAUAACACUAAAUAGAGUGCAUUAAGGAUGAUGUGUUUCAUAGGCCAACAGGGAAGUUAAUGUCGCCCUGGUUCUGUUUUUCCAGAAAAAUAAGCUCUGUGGAAAACAGAAGUCUAUGACAUUUACACGUUUUGUUAAGAAAGAUAAUCUUCACAAAGGAAUACCAAUUUUGCAGUCGCCAGAAGUAAAAAGCUAACGUUAGCCUAUAAACAAACUACACAAUGGAUGCAUGACUUAAAGUCGCCACCAUAACAAGGCCUUAAAGUUGCGUUUGGCGUGAUGACGCACACUACUCUCAUUUAGCCACUUAGCAUCCGCCUUUUCUAUCAUAAAGGCAAGUGCAGGCUUUAAAAUUCACAAGUGGGGAAAUUUUCUGACAUAUUUUACGACAUAAAACAAAACAUGAAAGUCUCUCAAGCUUGUGUUAACCACAGACCUUAUUUCAGGCAUCUAACCAAAAACCCUUUCAAUAAACCCUUUGACGUAAAGAUGAGGGAACCAGGAGUGCUAAAAUGCUAACUCAUAUCCGGGCUUUAGGUUUCAUUCCCGGAGCACUGCAUAUUUUUCACUCUCACUCUGUAUAUCUCUUCACAUACAAUGUUGACACAUGUAAUCCUUUACCAAAUCGUAUGUGUGUGGCAAAGCUGCUCUCUUUCAUUCAUUUUAAUUCUGUUAACAUCUCUCUCUAGUGAUGGCUGGGACACAAACAG